AUGAUUGGUGCAAAUGAUAUGCAUCACGGGUCACUACAGCGCAUUACCAAUCCGAACAUUCUACCGGCCAUCAGCGUGACUCUUACAACUGGUGAAAAAAUCAAGGCUUACAUCACCAGCACAGGGAGUAAUGCAACGGCUAUCAUGAGUGUCAAAGGAUUGACAGUCGUGGGAAAGGAAACAAUGGCUGUGAAUGUUCUGGCAGCAUACGCCGGAAAUUUGCCCUAUAAGUUUCUUUCAGGGAGUUCCAUGGCGUGUCCUCACGUCAGUGGCAUAGCAGCGCUAAUAAAAGCCAUACAUCCUACAUGGAGCCCUGCCGCUAUCAAGUCCGCCGUCAUGACGUCAUCCUACUUGACUGACAAUGCUGAGGAGCUGAUCCAGGAUUCAUAUGAUAUGGAAGAAGCCAAACCCUUAGUGUUCGGCUCCGGUCACGUGGACUUAUCUACGACAUGGUACCUGAAGAGUCAGCUUUCUCAAAUCGCUCUUCUCACAAAGGAGUCAACUUCCUGUCCCAACUCCAGUUUGGAAGGCAGCGAUCUCAACUAUCCGUCCUUUUCCGUUGUGAUGAAAUCAGGGAGCAGGUCGGUUCAGGUGAAGAGUAGAACAGUGACAUAUGUGGGUAGAGAGGGUGAUGCAGCGUACCAAGUGAGCGUGAAGAACCUCCUGGCAUUACUAUAA